AUGCAUAAAGCGCAGCAGGUGAUGAAACUGAAGGCUGACAAGCAUCGACGAGAGGUUGAGUUUGCAGUGGGAGAUCGAGUCUAUCUCAAGCUCAGACCAUACCGAGAACAGACAGUAGCGCGCACGGUCAAUGAGAAACUCUCUGUGAGGUUCUAUGGGCCGUUUGAGAUAAAGGCUCGUGUGGGGAAGGUGGCAUAUAAGCUAGAGUUACCAGAAGACUCCAAGGUGCAUCCCACCUUUCACGUUUCGCAGCUAAAGAAGGUCGUGGGAGACGUCACCACAGUCACGCAGUUACCGGCACAGCUAACACGAGAUGGGGUUUUGGAGAUGGAACCAGAGGAGGUCCUGGAUACUCGUGUCAACGAAAAGACAGGUCAGCAAGAAGUUCUGGUCCAUUGGAAGGGAAUGCCCGAGUAUGAUUGUUCAUGGGAAUGGAAGACGACAAUGAAGGAGCAGUACCCUGGCUUGGACCUUGAGGACAAGGUCAGUUUGGAAGCAGGAGGGAACGUUACUUAUGAGGAAAGGCACCCACCUAUCAUCUAUCAGUACUCGAGGAGGGCUCGCAAGUGUUAG